CCCUCGUAACAACACUGACGGUGGAAACAGCUAUAACACAACCCCCACAUCAACUAACCCACUACACACACACUCACACACACACACACCUCACCCCCCACAGGUACACUCACUCGCUACUUACCUCCCUUGUAAAUAAUAAUAAUAAUAAUAGAAAAAAAUACCAAUAAAUUAAAUUCAAAGUGAUAUUUUAAAUGAGGAAAAGUAAUUUAGUUAAUAUAUUUUUUGGGGGGAUAAUGUUGAUGGUUAUUUAUAAGGAGUGUAAAAUUGUUUGGUUAGGGUAGGUAUAUCCCCGUCUCUCCCUCCCGUCUCUCCCUCCCGUCUCUCCCUCCCGUCUCUCCCUCCCGUGUGUUGUUUGUGUAUUGAUGUUCUCGUGAAGUUUAUGUAGAAAGACACCACUCACCGCUCCAACAUCUGACGGAGUGGGUGAAGGAGGGAAGAAUAACAGCUGCGUCCCAUACCUUCUCACCACCACCACAGGCGCCCUCCUAUAAGCUGUACCAACUACCCCACGGCCACAAACUUAACACUUUAGUGAAGAAAGAUUGACUUACGUACAUCUCACCUGCCAAACUUCAAACAGAGACCCAAUGGUGGUGGUCAGUGGUAUCGCCUCUUUCAACAGUAAGAUGGGGGGUCAGAGUGUGGCAGCUGCUGUACACACCAGCCUCACACCUACCACCAACCCUCCACUGCCUGCUUUCGUAUCUGCCGCCGCCAACGUGACCGCCACUGCAACAGCCUACGUCGACAAAUUUGAUUCUCGCCUUGAGUGGUAUGAGGACGUCAUUGUGGGAAUCUUCCUUAUACUAGUUGGUAUCAUGUCGCUGCUGGGUAAUGGGUCAAGUAUUAUUAUGUUCCACCGGCGCCUCCGUCACCUGACCCCAGCAGAAGUGUUACUCAUGAAUCUGGCUGUGAUGCAUUUGUUCAUAGCACUCUUUAGCUAUCCGGCCCCAAUGAUCUCUAGUUUCUCCCAUCGUUGGAUCUUCGGGGAUAUAGGGUGUAAGCUGUACGGAUGCGUGUGUUACCUGCUGGGAGUGGCCACCAUCACCUCCAUGAUGGCUCUGGCAGUGGUGCGUUACCUCAAGACCUGCAGCCACACCUACAGCAGGACGCUAACAGUACAGCACAUGAAGGUGGUGCUGGUUGGUGUGUACAUGUACUCACUGUUCUGGGCGGUGCUGCCACUCUUUACCUUCAUCAGUGACUACGAAGUGGAGCCGUUUGGUACAUCCUGCACUCUCAACUGGUCAAACCCCGCUAACACCGCCCGUGUGUACGUGAUGAUGGCGGUGGCGUUGGUGGUGGUAGUACCGUCAAUCGUCAUGUUCUGGUGUUACGCCAGGAUCCUGCUGCUCGUCCGUCGUAAUCAUCGCAAGAAAUUCCUGAUGACCAAGAGGAAUUCUGCCUCCCAGGGCCGGUCAGAGCUCCAGAUUACGUUGAUAUCAUGGCUGGUGUGUGUCGGCUUCCUGGUUGCAUGGUUACCUUACUCAAUCGUGUCAGUUAUGUACGGGUUGACUGGACGAGAGGCACCCGUUUACGCAAGUCUGGCUCCCGUUCUCCUGGCGAAAUCCUCUUGUGCUUAUAACCCAGUCAUCUAUAUCUUCAUCAACGCCAGAUACAGGAGUGAGAUGUUGCGUAUCCUGCAGGGGUAUCUGAGGCCCCUCGUGUGUUUUCCUGGAGGUGAGGAAGAACGCCACCACAAAGACGGCGACUUAGACGACGCUGCAGAAGGGUCGUCAAUGGACAUGGAGAUGAAGUCCUCGAGUAUGAUCAGAAUCAACAAGGAAUCAAUAGUUUUGGAAAAUUACCUUCCCAUCUCGACGACUGAAAGCACCAACCUGAAACCAGACCUUCAUCCUGCCAGCGACAAGCAAAUACUCUCGAACUCACUCCGUAACAGCGCACAAGGUGUUUAUGAUGUCCAGCAAUCCAUCAGCGACAAUGGACAAAUUAGUGAACACAUUUCCAACGGGGAGCCUAGUGGACCGUGUGAUGGACAGCCACCUGCACACUCUACUGGGUCAUACUACAGCAUUCAGAAGCCGUCUUCAGCUACUUCUUCAGCUAAACAUUCUGUUGUGGAACAAAGUCCUGUCCAACAUCACCCGGCUGAGGAAUAUGCUCUCAAGCAAUCUUCUGAUAGUCAAGCAAAUACUUGUUCUACUGGCAAUUUCCACCCCUUGUAUCACUUUCCAGGCCAGAAGGUUUCACUGCAACUCUCCUGCUCUGAUAGUCACGGUCAUAAGGCUGCCAAACCCUCCAGUGAAGAUGUCAAUUGUUAUGAGGAAGUUACAGAGAGCACAAUAAUGAGUAAGACUUCUGUUAUUCACCAUGAGAAGGAAAGCACCAAUUUCUCCUCUCUUAGCGAAAGCAGUAACAUGUUAGGUCAACUUCCUUCGUCCCAAAGCAAAACUCACAAAGCUGAGACAUCAACAACAGUAGUUUCUAGAUCACUUGAGGGUGACGCCGUCAUCAUAACAGAAGAACAUGAAGGACCAAAUGUUGAAACUUCCUCUGCAGAUUUAAGAACACGUGACCCCUCCCCUGACCAGUUACAUAACUCCAGAAAGCAUAAUACCAAAGAUGACCCUCAAGUGGACUCAGACGCCUCCAUAGGGGAACCAACAACUCUUUCAUCAUCAGGCGACCUUUCCCCAACAGACUCCUCAGAGGAGCAGCCCGCGCCAGCAGAGAACACCUCCACGGAAAACCUGGUGCCAUCCAUAACUGUAGCGACUGAAAAACUUGUCGGGGCGAGACCAAAGAGGGGAUCAGUGACGGAGAACUCGACAGCAUCCCUCCUACAACAUUCACAUCACCGGAGUUCAUCCUUUACUUCCACACCUCCAGGGGCCACCAAAGACACUUGCUCUCCUACAGAAUCCUCAACAGGGAGUUCAGUGGUUCGGCCGACGAGACCAACAGUCCUCCAGCUGUAGUUGUGGCUUCGAGUAGUCCUCUCAGCGCUCACAUGGUCCUCUCAGCACUCACAUGGUCCUCUCAGCGCUCACAUGGUCCUCUCAGCGCACACGUGACAGCACCGGAGUUUGAGAGUUCUCCUGCGUGAGUGAAUGUUGACAACCGUUGUGUGAGUUACAAAAUUUGCACCUCACUGUUUCCGUAUUCCUACACUGACUCGCCGUUUUCAUAGGAUUCAUUAGUGAUCCACCACUGACUCAUCUGAUCCACCACUGACUCAUCUGAUCCACCACUGACUCAACUGAUCCACCACUGACUCAUCUGAUCCACCACUGACUCAUCUGAUCCACCACUGACUCAUAGGACCAGUGUGUAGCAGCCUAAGUUAUUCAAUAUUACUUGGGGAUAUUUUUCAGCUAAAGAUAAUCUCAUAUUUAUGUUAACAAAUAAUAGGUCUC